AUGGCCCUUCUUCAAACCAAUAAGGAUCUCAUUGCUACAGGAAUAAAGGAAUUUAACAUUCUGCUAAAUCAGCAGGUCUUCUCUGAUCCUGCUGUCCCUGAAGAAGCCAUGGUGACUGUGGUGAAUGACUGGGUGAACUUCUACAUCAACUAUUACAGGCAGCAGAUGGUGGGGGAGCAGCAACAGCAGCACGAGGCUGUGCAGGAACUUCGGCAACAGCUGGAUACUGUCUGCCUCUUUCCUGGACAAAUAUAG